CAGCAACAACAGCAACAGCAACAGCAACAACAACAAGCAGUUCAAUACGGAGCUUACACCGGGUACGGGGCCAAUCAAGGACCAGGAAACCAGGUUGCCUAUCAAGUCUACAGCCCCCAAUCUCACCAACCACCCUCGCCUCAGCAGCAGCACCAGCAGCAUCAACAGCAACAGCAAAUGGCCAUCAAAAAAUCUCCCCAUCAUCUUUCUGGGAUGCAACCUACUCACCAGCAACAGCAGCAGCCUCAACAACAGGGUUUAAUGGGGAAUCCAAUGGCGCCGCACAUGACGCAGCAACAACAUAUGCAACAGCAAGUCUCCCAGCAGCAAUAUAUGCAGCAGAUACCUCAACAACAAGUACAACAAGUUCAAGUUCAACAACAACAAAUAAUGCACAUGAGUCCACCACGCGGUGAUCCUUUAUCGAGUCCACCACCAGUAGCCGGUCCUCAAUCAUCUCACGUGCAGAGACCACCACCCUCAAACGUAUGCAUGCGUCAUGGAUGUCCCAACCCUCCGAUCGUCAAUAGCGAGUGGGAAGAUGAGUAUUGCAGUAAUGAGUGCGUGGCUAGCCACUGCAGGGACGUGUUUACCGGAUGGGUCGCAUCGAACCAAAAUUCCCAACCGAACUUUUCAACGGUUAAGUAA